CCUAGAGUUCAAGUCAAAUAUGUUACAGAACACAUGAACUAUUUAGAAGAAAAGAUACACGUCAUUAAACUUGUGGUUGAAGCUUUGCAAGCUGCUGUAGACAAAAGUAAGACUUGGUUAGAAGAUAAAAGUGACAACAAAUCUUUGACAUACUGUGAUCUAUGUCAACAACUUGAAUCGGCUACCUUGGCCUUGUUGGAUGUAUCGUCGCUUAUCUUAAGCGAAAAUAAAGACCAUGUAGAUACUGAUGAAGAAAGGCCAUGUUCAUCGCAGUCUAUGCAACAAACAGAAAAACGUGACCAAAUUCAGACAACAGAUCAAUUUCUUAAAGAUCUCCAUAAAUCAUCAGAAAUAUUAAGUCGACUUGAGCAGAUAGAGACAGCCAGAUCUUCUCUACAAGACGUCAGUCGACUUGAGCAGAUAGAGACAGCCAUAUCUUCUCUACAAGACGUCAGUCGACUUGAGCAGAUAGAGACAGCAAUAUCUUCUCUACAAGACGCCAAUGACAAGUCUACAGAUGACAUAUCAGAAAUAAAACAAUGGAGAGACAACUUUGUAACAGAACAGAGUGACAUGGUUUUAAACAUUAAACAAAAAACUAUUAAACAAAAUCGGAUUUUAAAAAAUCAUAAAAAACAAAUUAGUAAACAAGGUAACCAAGUAAAAGAAUUAAUCAAAGAAUUUGAAAGUUUAAAAGAAAAAGAAACCAAGUUCAUUAAAACACUAGAGAAACUGUCUCAAGAUAUGAACGAAUAUGAAAACAACUUAGAUAAAAUAAAUAAUGAGGUACGAGUUUACAGAAAUAAGACACACAGCUUAACACAAGACAUUAAAAACCAUUAUGAUCUGAUUGUUUCUUUACAAGAAGAUAAUAAUAAAAUAAAGGUCAAUUUAUCAACCAAAUUUGAGAAGAUACAAUCAGAGCUGGGAAAUGUGAACAAUACUAUCUCAAGAUUGUCCAGCGAUUUUAAUGUAAUCGAGUCACGUGUAUAUAACAAGUAUGUUUGUCAUGUGUCGUUUGAUGAUCCCACACCUGUCUGUCAUGGAUCAGUUAUUUCAACAUUUGAUGAGGUGCGUGAAUAUAACGGUCAACAUUUUAAUCGAACAACAGGAAAAUUUGUAUCACCACAUGAUGGUUUAUAUCUUGUAUGUGUCACUCUACAUGAAUGGGGAAUUAAACUUAUUGGAGUUGGUGUAAUGGUUGAAGACAUGUUGUGUACGUAUAUAGAAGUAAAUUCGGUGAGGACUAACGCGGCUGGCUCAGCGGUUGUUGACAUGAAAAAAGGUCAAGAACUUUAUUGCAAAAUGUACUGCCCAGUACAAGACGCACAUUUAUCCUGCUACAGUAGUUUUACCAUCGUAAGUUUAUAGAGUGCUAUUAGGGAUUAUUUUGAAAAGUCUGCAUUUAGUCUUGGAGAUUUUUCUUUUCAAUCGCCAUGUCUUUUUUUGCAUGGUUUGCAAAGGCUUGUUUGACUUUAGAGAUGCAUUUUUAAAAAAAAAUUACAGUAAUGUAGCCUCGUUUGUAAAUAACAAUGCAUCUUAAAUCUAUUAAAUAUUUUACUUCCUCAACUUCUCUGCUGGUUAUUUUAAUCGGCACAAAAUUUGUAUUUUGCUGUAUAACUUUGGUUUUUUUAGUGUGUAGUUUGAGUCUUGCUCCGUUUCAAAAGAAACAAGUUUGUUUAUUUUUUUUUAAUUUCUUUUUUUUUUUUGCAUUUGUUUUUGACUAGAGUUCGAUUGUAAAUUCAAAAUACAAUACAACAAAUAAGCAUUAUGUUACACAUGAUUAAAACUUUGUGUGUACAGAACUUUUUCUACAUAGUGUCUAAUGUUUAUUUGUUACUUGUUUAGUCCCCACAGUUCCACAUAAUCCAGUGUAAUCACAUACCGUGUGUUCUCCUUGACAACAGGU